AUGCCAGACAAUCAAUGGGCUGCCGGUAAUUCUGCAGUUUUAUCCUGUUUUACAUCAUCAGACCCCAGGGCAGUUUUGCUGGUCAUCGACAAGUACACCACAUCCGUCAACCGGGAGGUGGCACAGGUCCUGACAGGGGCAGGGAGGAAAGUCUACUGCACAGUUCUGCAGGCUACAGAAGAGGACAGGAAAGCUGCCAAAGCUGAUGGAGUCGAGCUCAUCCUCCCAAACCGCAGUCAGGAAGAUGAAAGAGAACCAAAUCUGAAGUGGCUGACCUUUGACCACCCCAGCCGCUAUCCCAGACUCCCCGAGGAUGUGGGGUACAUUGUGGGUCAUGCUGGCAUCACCAGCAAAGCAGCAGCAGCCAUUCAGGAGCAGCGUUUCCCCCAAGCUAGCCUCGGUCUUGUCAUCGGGACGAUACCAGAGGACACAGAUAGGUACAAGGAUGACGAGGAGGCCAUGGGCAUUGGGAGGAAGGAAGACUCCAUCAGAGAAGAUGCAGAGAAGGCAGAUGUUGUGUUCUCUGUGGGACACAACAUACAUGACCACUUCACAAUUUCCUUUUGUGCAAUCCCUGAAACCAAGAAUCCGACCCACCAUCUCUUCCUGCCCAAACCAUCAGACUUUUUCCAGAAAACUACAGUAAAGUACAGGGGAACCAAGCAGAAGGUUGUCCUAUCCAUCGGUGGGGUCAAUAAGGUAGAGAGGGUCAAAGGUUAUGACUUUGUAGCUAAGUCCUUGGCAAAGGUGGCAGAAACAAGUCUGGAGAGGAUCCUUUGGCGGAUUUGUGAUAUAAGUGAGGAGGAGUUUCAGGCCACUAUGUCCAUUCUCCAAGCCAGCAUCAACUCAGGAAAACUGAUCCCCACACUUCUCCCACACUGCAAUCAGGAAGACAUCUGCCGACACAUGCAGCAGGCCCACCUGGUUCUCAUGCCCUCCCGUGCAGAACCCUUCGGACUGGUCGGUCUGGAGGCCAUGGCAGCCGGAGUGCCGGUCCUCAUAUCUAACCAAUCAGGACUGGCGACUUUGGUUGAAAAGGUCAUCCCGGAAUUCCACCACUCUAUACUUGAAGUAGAGGGCGACGAUACUGUAGAUGUCGGGCGUUGGGCAAGUCAGAUUAAGAAAGUCCUAAGGAUGUCCGAAGCAGAGUUCAGGAGGGCAGCUGACCUUAAAGCAAAGCUACUGCAGUCCAGGUACUGGGAGGAGUCUCAUCAAAACUUACUUCAGGCAUUUGGAGGUGCAGCUGAGAGGGUGAAGACAAGAACUCGACUGUCAUCAGAUGUGGCGCAUACCAGGCUGGCUGCUGGGAAUCCUGAACUGCACUGUUCAGCCCCUACAGUCCUUCCUGUACGCCUACAGCUGGAUCUGGAGCCACAAACAUCUGCUCAGGGGGGCAUCAGUAGAGAAUGCAAGCAACAACUCUUGAGGUGUUAA